UGUAAGGUCCGUGGUAUCAGAGUGUCCCCAAACUGACUGCACAUCUGAGUCAUGUUAACAAACACAUUCCAGGCCCCACCUGAGGGCACUGAAUCAGAAUCCCUGCAAGGAGGACACUGGACUGACCUUCCAGGUGUUUCUUACUCUGAUCAACUUGCGAGUAGGAACCAUUGAGCUCCAUCACAUCAUUCCAAAGCCAAACACAAAAGCAGAACAAGAAUGUAUUCAAUGCAGUCUCUAAAGAGGAGAAAACUGUUGGGGGAACCUAGAAGUGAAGGAGACAUGCCUUGAUGGGCUCCAUCUUAACUUUAUCCUGAAUAUAGCGGAGACACGAGCCCUUCGGGACACAUGCCUGAGGCAGUGACAGUCCAACCUUGGAACAGUGGAAGCCCUAGUUUCAAAUUCAAGCUUGCUUUGAGUGGAUGUUACGUUUACAUCUCUUUGCAUGGCAACAGGGCCAACUUUCUCCAAGCUGCUCAACUUACAAGAAAAGGAAUCGUACUGCUAAGACUUCAAACUUCAGCAGACUUGGGUAAGUCUUAUAAAUCUGUUCCAGCCACCUAACAAGAAACCAGAAAUUUAGCAAAUUCUUUCACAUUCAGGACAAUUGUGUUCACUAGAUCAGAGGCACUGAGACAUGAAGAAAAGACCCCCUAAAAAGGGAAAGCAUUCCUUCCUGCCCUAGGACAUCACUGCCAACUUCAGGGAGGUUGGAACCCAGCUGCCCACUCUACAGUAUGGCUUGCUUUUGUGUCUGGAAGGUGUCUGACAUGCUGAGAACUCGACCUAUUUCAGAGAGCUUUGAGAAGAGCCCGAAUCACUGAUGGAAUUGGACAGCACAUGGAAAUGGUUCAGCAGGAUGAGGUCCCUGGCGCUACCUCUUCUGCCACAAACGUCAGCAUGGUGGUAUCUGCCGACCUUUUGUCCGGCGAGAGGGCAGAGAUGAACAUCCUAGAAAUCAACAAGGAAUUGCGCUCCCAGCUGGCAGAGAGCAAUCAGCAGUUCCGAGACCUCAAAGAGAAAUUCCUUAUAACUCAAGCUACUGCCUACUCCCUGGCCAACCAGCUGAAGAAAUACAAGUGUGAAGAGUACAAAGACAUCAUAGACUCUGUGCUGAGGGAUGAACUGCAGUUCGUGGAGAAGCUGGCAGAGAAGCUCAGACAAGCUGAGGAGCUCGGGCAAUAUAAAGCCCUGGUUCACUCUCAGGCACGAGAGCUGACCCAGUUACGGGAGAAGUUACAGGAAGGGAGAGAUGCCUCCCGCUCACUGAAUCAGCAUUUCAAGGCCCUCCUCGCUCCUGAUGACCUUGAAAAGUCCCAGGGUCAGGACCUCCGAGAGCAGCUGGCUGAGGGGCACAGGCUGGCAGAGCACCUUGUUCACAAGCUGAGCCCAGAUUUGUUUACAGAAAAUCAAAAUGAUCAUGAGGAAGAGGAGGGGAAAGCACCAGUGCCCCCCAGACAGCAUGACAUGUCCAACUAUUACCUGCAUAGUGAAGUCUCUUUCCUGGCACUGGAGGAAGAGAAAGUUUGCUCCACUCAGGAUGUUGCCAAGGAUGACUCCAAUUCCAAAUGGGAUGAGACCUCACUUGGCUUCCUAGAACAGCGAAAUGAUCUUGAAGAGGUGAAAGGACAAGAAACAAUUGAUCCCAGACAUCGCCUGCAUUUACAUGAUGUCUGUCUGUGUGGCGUGGGUCACUGUGUGGCUUUAUUGAGAGCAGGGACAUCAGGGAUGGGUGUUCUGGGCAUGCUUAACAAAGGGAAAACUCAGAUUGUUCCUACUGAAACCCCUUCUCCUUUAGCUCCCAACCAGGCAGACUGUCCCCAAGGGACUUGGAGUGGAGACUUGAGCCACCACCUGUCAGAGGUGCAGGCUUCACAGGCACAGCUGGAGCCAAGCACCCUGGCGCCCAAUUGUCUGAGACCACAGCUGGAUCAAGGGUUCUACUAUGGAAAUGACUUGGCCAGGCGGGGCCCCCCCUCCACCACCUGCAGCUUCGCAGCCAAUGCUGAUUCUGGGAACCAAUGGCCCUUCCAAGAGCUGGUUUUAGAGCCCUCCCUGGGGAUGAAGAACCCUCCCGAGCUGGAAGAUGAUGCACUUGAAGGCUCAGCAGACAACACACAAGGGCGUCAAGUCAAUGGCCACAUUCACGCCUCUAGUGUCCUGAAACCGAAGAUCAUCAAAAGAAAACUCCCGCUCAGCAAGUGGAGACUGGCAUGCAGAUUCCCUGGCCUGCAAGCUUAGGGUGCAGAGGUAAUCACAUCUAUGGCUGAUAGCUGCACUCCUUAUUUCUCUGUCUAUGGUGACAGCUCAUUCUCCCACUGCUUUUUCUCACCCGUUUGUUCUCUCCAACAGCUGCUCUAACCUCUGUCUGGUCUUACCUCUGU